AUGAAAACCAUCCGACACACUGCUCCUUCACUUAAUGCCGAGCUCAUUGGCGAGCUCGACGGUGAGAAUUCAUGUGACUUGGCUGUCUUUCGAGGUAUUUCGUUCGCUUCCGUGGACAAGAGAUGGACACACAGUCAAACCCGCCAUUCGCUGGAAUCCCCCUAUGAUGCCACCCAAUUCGGACCGCGUUGCUCGCAGGGAAAUGGAAUGGUCUUGGUCACCGGUGGUGUCAAUGAUCCUGCUCCAGGUGAUAAUGAGUUUAAAUGCUUGAACCUCAACAUCUGUACUCCUCGAGAAUCGCUCCCAGCUCAGGGCAAAGAUACACCUCUGCUUCCUGUCAUGGUGUGGAUACAUGGAGGUGGCUUCGCGUACGGCGCAAAUUCAGUUGCCCGGUAUCGCGCACAGGUCUUCACCUCACACGCAAAGCGAUCGGGUACACCUGUCCUCGUCGUGCAGGUCAAUUACCGACUUGGGGUGUUAGGUUUUGCAUCUUCGGACGAUCUCGCUCAGGAGACCACGGGGCAAGAGGCCCCCUGUCGCUCUGGGAACUACGGAUUUGUUGACCAGCGGAAUGCACUGGAGUGGGUGAACAAGCAUAUCGCCGACUUCGGCGGAGACCCUUCGAAUAUCACCGCUUUUGGCGUCAGUGCUGGCAGCGCCAGCAUCCACUUCCACAUCUUGAGCCGCGAUCCACUGUUCGACCGCGCCAUUAUGAUGAGCGGCUCAGGUCCCGUGCUUGGCCCAUUGCCUCAACAACUUCAUGAGCAAGGCUGGCAAAAUAUGGUUAGCGAGUGCGGUCUCCUCGAAGUGAAGUCAUCUGCUGAGCGGCUGUCACGCCUACGUGCUAUGAAGCCAGAGGAGCUGAUCGAGAAGUUUUCCAAGUCCCCGCUGGGACCUGUCGGUGACGGUAACCUCCUGCCCGAGACAUGGACCUUCACCGAUGAGGUCCCUGAAACGCGGUGUAAGAAGAUAAUGCUAGGCGAUACAAACAUUGAAGCACUCGUCCUCGACCAUUUGCCGGAAAAUAUUUCACAAAACCAGUUUGCAGAGCUACUUGCUGGUACUUUCACAAACGACGAGGUUGAGGAGCUCCGCUCUAAAUUCGGGUUCAGCAAAGACCCUCAGACAUUCGAGGAAUACCGCGACGCAGUGCGUCUUCUCUUCAGUGCAGCCAUGUUCCACUACCCCAAUAUUGGGAUUGCCCGUGCUGCGCUUAAUACGCCCUCUAAGGGCCAAGAUGUAUAUCUUUAUCAUUUUGAGGAGGUUUCCCCAUUUCCUGGAGCAACACACGGCCUCUCCUAUCACGGUCUAUGUGCUUUGCUCAUCUACCUGAAUCAAUUAGAUGAUUCCCCUGAGCCAACAAGAGUUACCUCUUUAGAAGCUGCUUCCCUCUUUACAGCUUUCGCAAAUGGAAAGGAACCCUGGGAACCCUUUGGUGAGGCUGAGAGGUUUUUCCGCUUUGGACCGGAUGGAGUUAGUGGCUUGCAAUAUUUUGAGUCUGAUGAGACCAGAACUUACGAGCAUAUCGAGUGGAUGGCUGCUCACUGGGAGAAGAUUCUACUUUUUGUACGUCGUCUUCUUUACUAG